AUGAGCCCAUAUCAUUUUUACAAUAAUGUAAUAGAUAGUAAAUCUGUACGAAGUAGCGUAUGUUGUAAUAUUAAAGGUAAUGAAAAAAAGUAUCUUAUAUAUGCUUGUAAUAAUCAUUUAAAUGUAUGUUGCAUAGAUAAGAAUGGGAAUACUGAUGAUUAUAGUGAGCAUGUAUUAUUUGCUGAAGUUUUAGAAUUAAGGGAGUAUGUCCCUGAAAAAUUAGUUCAUUCUACUUAUAAUAAAGAAAAAGUAAAGUCUUAUUUAUUUGUGUUAACAAGGAAGUAUGUUUUAUUAUUAUUAGAAUAUGAUGUAAAAGAAAAUGAUUUUAUAACAUUAUCAAAAAUAAAUUUGUGUGAAUUGAAUGGAUUACAUCUAGAAGAGGAUGUUAUAUUUUUGCUUGAUGAAAGGCAUAAGACAAUAUUAUUCUAUGGAUAUAAAAAUAUUUUAAAGUAUAUAUAUUUAGAUUAUGAUAACUUCCUAAAUUUGAAUAAUGUAUAUACGAUGAGGAUAGAUGAGAGUUUAAUAAUUGAUAUUGCCUUUUUGGGGACCCACACCAUGGGAUGCAAUAAACAAUUGAGAAACAAACAAGACGAUGAUGAUAAAAUUAAUUAUGGUGAUAAUAAAAACAAUUAUGGUGAUAAUAAAAACAAUUAUGGUGAUAAUAACAACAAUUAUGGUGAUUAUAACAACAAUUAUGAUGAUAAUAGAAGUAAUUAUGAUGAUGAUAAAAGCAAUUAUGAUGAUGAUAAAAGCAAUUAUGAUGAUGAUAAAAGCAAUUAUGAUGAUGAUAAAAGCAAUUAUGAUGAUGAUAAAAGCAAUUAUGAUGAUGAUAAUAAAUACUAUGAUCGUGUUCAUAAAAGUGGUAAUUUCCUAUGUGACGAUAUUUAUAAAAAUGAAAUGCUUUUCAAUAAGGAAGAUUUAUUUUUGGAGCAUCAGAAUAUAUAUAAAAAGAUAAAAAAAGAAAUGAGUACAGAUGAUCAAGAUGAUGUACCGUUGAUUAAUAAAACUUUAUAUUCUAUUGGAAAUAAAAGCUGUCUUGAAAUAGAUAAACUUUUAAAAAAAAAAAGUUAUGAUUUUGUAGGUACUAUGAAUUAUGAUAAUAAUGAUUGUAGACCUAAUUCUAUAAACAAAUUAAAGGUUGAGGAAAGAGGGAAAAGAAAUUAUGAUGUUAGAAACUGUAAUAAUUUUGAUCACAUCAGUGGAGGAUUAUUAUCACAACAUCCUAAUUCGUUUGAAUCUUAUUAUCCUAAAUAUAAUGAAUAUAAUAAGAAUAUAAGACGUAUGUUAGAUGGGUAUUAUAAUAUAAAAGGUCGUCAACAAGAUGAUAUAAAAUUAGCUUUUCAUGAUUCUUGUAAUUCUACUUAUAAUAAAAAUAAUGAUGAAUAUAUGUAUUCAACUAUAUGUAUAUUAUAUGAUUAUAAGAAAUCAGAUACGGAAUUUUAUGAAAGGUAUAUAAGGAUUAUACCAUUAUGUAGAAUGAAUGAUGCUAGUAUAAAAUUCUUGGGAGACGACAAUUCAGAAUUUGAUUUUUAUGAUUAUAGUGAUAAUGAUAAAUAUUAUGCCUAUAAAUAUAAUAAGCGCAAUCGUGAUGAGGAUAAUGGUAAGGAUAAUCAUAAGGAUAAUCAUAAGGAUAAUCAUAAGGAUAAUCAUAAGGAUAAUCAUAAAGAUAAUGAUAAAGAUAAUGAUAGAGAUAAUCUCAAGUACAAAUAUGAUAACUAUGAAUAUAAUAUAUAUAGUAAUAAUAAAAAUAUAAAUAAAAAGAAUUCAUUUGUUAACAAUAUUCUUGAUAAAGGAUGUCUUUUACCUAAAUAUUAUAAACCGUUACAUGUGGAUCCAAGUAUAAAUAAAAUAUUAUGUUUAUCUAAAUAUAAAAUAUUAUUAAUUGGUUUUCAGUUUAUUAAUUAUAUAAAUAUAGUAAAAGAAAAAAGAAGAAGUUUUUUUCUAAGUUCUGAAUUUAGAACAAUUACUUAUAUAGAAUCAAUAAAUAUGAAUAAAUACAUUUUAUCUGAUGAUUAUGGAGAUUUAUUUAUUUUGUCAUUUUUGCCAAAAAAAAAAAAUAAAGAUAUAUUUGAUGAAGAAGAUAUUGAUGUACAUAAUAAUAUGGAAAAGAAAAAUGAUAAAUAUGAGGAUGAUCAUAUGAAAGAUAUACAAGAUAAGCAUGAUAUUGAAAAAAAAAAUGAACCUUACAAAGGUAGAUACUAUGAUUUUUAUUGUAAAUAUGGUGGUAAUGAUACAUUUAUGGGUGACAUUUCAUCUAUGCGCGUUCAAUUUUUAGGAACAUGUUCUAGAGCAAAUGUAAUAACUCGUAUUUAUCCAGAUAUCAUUUUUUUAGGUUCUCAAAUAAGUGAUAGCUAUUUAUUGAGAAUGCAUUAUUUUCCAAUAUAUGAACGUGAGGACUUUGAACCUGUGGAAUAUUCACCCUACUGUCAAAUGCUUAAAGAAGAUGAAACGGUAUCAAAAGAAAUGAAUAUGUAUGAUGUUAAUAAAUAUGUAGAAGAUAUUUGGAAUAAAAACAAAAACGUGAUGGUUCCUAUAAUGAACAAUAAUUCUAGAAAUAUCCCCCACAUGGAAAAUAUGAAGUCUAUGAAUAAUAUUUACAAUGUAAAUAAUAUUAAUAAUAUUUUCAAUUUUCCUGCUGAUCUAAAUAAUUUGUAUAAUAACCAUUAUAAAAAUAAAGAAAUGCAUGGCCUAGGAAAAUAUUGUAUGAAUUACAAUAAAACGUAUUUUUGUACCUAUCCUUAUAAUGAUAAUAAUAUAGGACGAAAUAAAUAUCAUAGGGAUAAGAAUGAUUACUAUACUUCUAUUAUUAAUACGUCACAAGGAGAUGUAAAUUAUAGUCCUAAUACGAAUUAUAUAUAUGAUUAUAAUGAAGGAAAUAAAAAAAACAAAAUAGAAAAAAAAAAGUUUUAUAUCGAAAUAUUAUCUGUUAUACAAAAUAUGGGUCCUAUAUUAGAUAUGUGUGUUGUAAAAAAUAAAAAUAAUGAAUACGAAAUCAUCACCUGUAAUAGUUAUGGUAGGACAGGAUGUGUAUCUAUUAUACAGAGUGGGUUAAAAACAAAUAUAACAUGUGAUCUUAAUUUUAAUAAACUCAAUAAUUUUUUUGUAGUAAAAUAUGUUAUAUAUUUAAAAAAAAAAAAAAAAAAUACACAUACACAUAUACAUACACAUGCAACUAUCACAAAUGAUGCAAUGAAAAAAGAAAAUGAUCAUAAGGAUUGUAUUGAAGAUAAUAAAGACAAAGUAAAUAAAGAAUCUUUAAAUAUUAAUGAGAAUAGGAAUAAUAUUUUAAUAAAUGACGAUGAGGGUAUGAUGAAUGAUGUGUGUAAUGAUGAUGGAACUAAUUUACCAAGAAAAAAACAAAAAACAAAAAAUAAAAAAAACAAAAGUGUAUCAGAAGAACCAUUACAUUUUGAAGUUUUUGUAUCUUUAAAUAAUAAAAAAAAUAUUAAAAUAAAAAAUAUAAAUUUAUGUUUUCUAAAUAAAUAUUAUUUUGAGAGUGAAAAAGAAAUCAAUGUGUUGAAAUAUUCAAACUUUAUAUAUUUCCAUAUUUUUAUGAUAUGUGUAACUUAUGCAAAUCAGACUAAAAUAGUUGGAGUAUCAAGGGAUAUAUUUAAAAGGAGGAAGAUAAAAAAGGACAGUAGCAGUGAAACUUUGAUUAAUAAUAAGGAUAAUAAGUUUGAUAAUGGUACGAAUCAUUAUCCGGAUAACAUAAUGAAUUGUUUUACAAGUGAUUCUCACAAUAAUAAUAAUAAUAAUAAUAAUAAUCAUAUGUUUGGAAUGCAGAAUGGUAGAGAUAUACAAGAUGAUAAAAAAAACAAUUUAAAUAAUCCUAAUUUCUUAAAUGAAGAAAAGAAAGGAGAUAUGAAAAAUAAAAUACCUAGUGAAAGCUUUUUAAAAGAUGUAUGUAAUGAAAUAUUUUUAUGUGAAUAUGAAAAUACAGAUAUUGAUAUGUAUAGUAAUACUUUAUAUUUUAAUAUUAUCAAAAACCAUCCAUACUUAAUACAAAUAUGUAAUAAUCAUAUUAGAUUACUAUGUUGUUUAUCUUUAAAAUUAAUAUAUAAUUUACAAGUUGCAUAUGUUUAUAACUAUUCUAUAUACAAUGAUUAUAUAUAUAUAUAUUGUAAAGAAGGAAUAAAAAUUUACGGUAUUAUAGAAAAUUAUAUUAUACAUAUAUAUACCUAUAUUAUAAAAGAAAACAUUAGCAGCUGGUCUUUAUAUAAAAAUUUAUUGGCCUGUGUUUUUAAUAAUAACGAAGUUGUUAUAUAUAAUAUAAAUAUGAAUACAUUGAAGGAAAUAAAAGAAGAGAAUCAUAAAAGGGAAAGAGAAGCAAUAGACCUAGAUAUAAAUGUAGAACAAGGGAAGGGUAAAAAGCUUCAUCAUAUUUUUAAUAUCGUUAAUUAUUACAAACCUGAGAUGAGUUUUUUUGUAUAUAUAAGUGAUGUGGAAUUAAUAAUGAUGAAUGAUAACAUGUAUUUAUUCUUGGGUUAUAGCCAUGGGAAUAUAGAAUAUUUCAUAAUGUGUGCAUAUAAUAAGAAGGGCAAAAAAAAAAAUAUGGGAGCGGAAUGUAUGUGUAGAAAUGAUGAUAAUAAAAAUGGUGAUAAAAAAGAAAAGAAAAUGAAAAAGAAGGAACAUAAAAAAAAGAGUAGUACCUUUAGUAAUAAUAGUGAUUAUAGUGAUAAUAGUAAUAAUAGUAAUAAUAGUGAUUAUAGUGAUUAUAGUGAUUAUAGUUAUGGAAUUAAUAACUCAUAUGAGUAUGUUCCUGAGAAUUCUAAUCUGAAAAAUUUUUUAAUCCAUACUGAUUAUAAGGGAUUGGUGAGGAAACGAAAAGAAUGUAACACAUUAUUUAAAUUGCAUAAAGAAUAUUUAAAAAGGAAAGAAUUAAUUUUGAAAUAUAUUUAUAAAGUUUGUAAAGAUAAUGUUUGUAAUGAAGAUACAGGUUCAAGAUGUAAAUAUACAUAUAAAUUAAAUAUGCGUAAAGAUUUAAAAAAAGAAAAAAAAAUAAAAAAGAGAAAAAGAAAUGUUUUAAAAUAUUUAUCUCAAUAUAACAUGAACGUUUUUGAUUUCUUUGAUUUUGAUAAAAUUUCAUUUAAUAAUAUGAACGAGUUAUAUAAAAUAUGUAAUAGAAGUAAGGAUGAUGUUAUCUAUAUUGAUAAUGAAUAUUAUUAUAAUGUAAAUAUUGAAUCUGAUAAUUUUGUUAGUUUACAAAAAUUUCUUGAAUCUGAUAAUGAGAUUAAUAAAAUGGAUACGGGUAGUGCUGUAGUUGAUGUGGCAAGUGAUGAUAUGAUAGGUUCAUCCUGUAAUAAUAAUAUAAAAGAAAAUGUAGGAGAUAAUAUAAAAGAAAAUGUAGGAGAUAAUAUAAAAGAAAAUGUAGGAGACAAUAUAAAAGAAAAUGUAGGAGACAAUAUAAAAGAAAAUGUAGGAGAUAAUAUAAAAGAAAAUGUAGGAGACAAUAUAAAAGAAAAUGUAGGUGACAAUAUAAAAGAAUAUGUAGGUGACAAUAUAAAAGAAAAUGUAGGUGACAAUAUAAAAGAAAAUGUAGGAGACAAUAUAAAAGAAAAUGUAGGAGACAAUAUAAAAGAAAAUGUAGGAGAUAAUAUAAAAGAAAAUGUAGGAGACAAUAUAAAAGAAAAUGUAGGAGAUAAUAUAAAAGAAAAUGUAGGAGAUAAUAUAAAAGAAAAUGUAGGAGACAAUGAUAAUGUUAGUAAUAAUUCUUAUACAAAUUAUAGUAAUUCAAAUACAUACGAUAUAUCACAUGCAUAUAAUAAUAAUUGUAGUGAUAAGAACACUUUACAUUUUUCGCAAAAUAAUAAAGGUAAAAAGAAAGGAAUGAUAAAAAAUAGUAAUUCUGUUAAGUGUAAUGUAAAAAAAGAAGUUGAUAAUAAUAAUAAUAAUAAUAAUAACAAAAAAAUAUUGGUUAAAGGAGAAAAAAAUGUAAAAAUACAUCAUAAGAGAGCUCGAUAUUUUUUUAACUUUUUUCAAGUGUAUGGUAUAUUAUCUGAAGAAUCUUCUGAUUAUGAUAGUAGUGUAGAUAUAAUGACAUUUAAAAGAAGUAUAAAACCAAAGGAAAAAUAUAAUGAUGAUACAUAUAUUCAUAGAAAAAAAAAUCAUAGAAAACGUAUUGUAUAUAAUACAGAAGGAACAAUAUUUGAUGAAUUGCAUUAUGGUACUUUAUCACCUCCAAGUUUGUAUAUUCACAAAUAUAAUAAAUCUAUUGAUAAAUUUUCUCAUUAUAUUAAUAAAUAUAGCAUAAGUGACGAUGACAUGUUAUCAUCAUAUGAUGAUAAUGAUGAUGAAGUUAAUCCUCUAGACGUUCAGGAUACUAGAAAAAAUAAAAAAAAUAAAAUAAAAAAAAAAAAUAUAAAAUAUAUAAAAAAUAUAAAAUAUAUAAAAAAUAUAAAAAAUAUAAAAAAUAAUAAAACGCAUAGAAAAGCAGGAAGACAAAAAAGAGAUGAAUCGAUUACAAGCACAGACUCGUCAAGCAUUUAUAACAGUAAAAUGGAUGAAUGUUACCAAUAUGAUGAUGAUGAUGAUGAUGAUGAUGAUGAUAAUGAAAAUUUUGAAGAAGAAAGCCAAGGUGAUGAUCAUAUUUUUGAACAAAAUAAUAUAUUAAGAACAUUUAUAAAAAAUGAGAACAAAAAUAAAAAUAUAAAAAAAAAAAAUAAUAAUAAUAAAAAAAAAAAAGCAAGUAAUGAUAAUAUGAAUGUAUUUAAUAACACUAGUAAUGUUAAUCAUAAUGAUAUUAAGAAAAGAAAAAGAGAUAUUAAAAAUUUGUUAUAUAAAAAAUUAAAAAGACAAUGUAAAGAUAUAUAUUUACAAGAAAAUUGUAAAUCUGAUUGUUCGAAAUAUUGUAACUCUAAUAAUAUGUCAUCUGAAAUUCCUUCAUCUUUUGAUAAUUUAAAUAAUAUAUUGUUUGAUGAAAAAAUAUUUUUAAAGAAUAAUAUUUUAAAAAGUGAAAAAAUCUUUUUAAUUAAUAAAAGGAAAAUUAAUGUAUGUAAUGAUACUAUUAAGUUUAAAAAGUUUGUAAAAGUUUUUUCCGAAAAAAAGAAAAUUGAUAUAAAUCAAAGUAAUAUAAUAAAAAAGUAUAAUUUUUUGUUUGUUUGUUGUGAAAGUCCAAUAAUUAUUUAUUCAGAUUUAAAAAAAAAAAUUAAUGUAUCAAAAUUAUCAUUAAAAAAUAUAUAUAUCGUAGAUAUAUUUAAUGAUUUUAAUUAUUUAAAUCCAUUUCACAAUUUUCUAUCUUUUAAAAAAAAAAAUCAAAAUAAUUUUUAUUUUAUUUUUUAUGAUGGAUCUAAUAUACAUAUAUCACCAUUGAAUCAAAUAAAAAAAACCUUUUUAAAAAAAAUACCUUUUCAUAGAACAGUUGAAAAAAUUGCGUAUCAUUCAGAUACUGGUUUAUUAAUAGCUGCUUGUCCAUCAGAAGAAAAACAUAAAACUAAUGAGAUGAUGAAACAAAUAAUAUGUUUUUUUGAUCCUUAUCAUGAUUCCAUAAAAUAUACUUAUAUUAUACCAUCCAAAUAUACUGUAUCUACAAUUAUUAUAUAUGAUAAUGAGAAACUUAUGAAAAGCAAUUUCGAUGUUACAAGUUUUAUUUUUGUAGGAACAUGUAAUUCAAAUGAAAAAUAUACAGAACCCACAUCUGGUCAUAUACAUAUAUUUAUAGCAAAAAAAAAAGCUAACAUUUUUGAAAUUAAACAUAUAUAUACGCAUAAUAUUAAUUAUGGGGGUGUAACCAAUCUAGUUCCUUAUGAUGACAAAAUUGUAGCAACAAUAAACAAUAUGGUUGUCAUUCUUGAUAUAAAUAACCUAAUAAUAAAAUAUGAAGCUUUUAUGGACCCACAAAAUCUUCAACCAAAAAUAGAGGGAAACAAUGCUAUUGUAGAGCUAGUCUCCUUUACCCCAAGUUCAUGGAUCAUGACUGUGGAUGUCUAUGGAGAUUAUAUCGUUGUGGGAGAUAUCAUGACAUCCGUUACAAUAUUACAAUAUGACUACGAAAAUUCUCAAUUAUUUGAAGUGUGCAGAGAUUACUCCAACAUUUGGUGCACAUCACUUUGUGCCUUGUCGAAAAGCCACAUUGUUGUAUCAGACAUGGAUGCCAAUUUUAUAAUAUUACAAAAGUCCAAGUUUAAAUAUAAUGAUGAGGAUUCCUAUAAAUUAUCGUCUGUGUCAUUGUUUAACCACGGAAGUAUUAUAAACAAAAUGCUACCUCUGUCCAAUACAAAUUUGAUUGAAGAAGAUUAUGAUAAACGCAAUAUACUUACAAAAAAUGAUGGUAUUUUAUGUGCCUCGAGUGAGGGAUCUAUUAGUGUUUUGAUUCCCUUUUCCAGUUUUGCUAAUUUUAAAAAGGCCUUAUGUAUAGAAAUAGCAAUAACUGAUAAUAUAUCAUCGAUUGGUAAUUUAUCUCAUAAUGCUUAUAGAGAAUAUAAAGUGAAUUUUAGGUCAAAACAUUGUAAGGGUAUUGUUGAUGGGGAAUUGUUAAAAAUGUUUUUCCAUAUGUCAUUUGAAAAACAAUAUAAGACAUUUAUAUAUGCCAAGUGGAUUGCGAAAAAAAUAAAUUGCAAAUUUGGAAGUUUCAACAAUUUCAUAUUAGAUUUGGAAAACAUGUGUAGCUUUUUAUAA